UCCGCUGACUUCUUAUCAGAAACAGUUAAUAGCUUUGGCACGAGCAUUAAUCAGAAAUCCUCGGAUAUUGUUGUGGGAGGAAGACUUGUCUAUCAUGGACAACUUUGCCCUUGAUGCUUUGACAAACUACUUGAACCAAGCAAGGCUUGGCCGCACCACGGUAAUUUCAACCAGUCACGUGUCCGUAGCGCGUAUAGCAGACAUUAUUGUUGUCCUUCAUAAUGGUGAGAUAAUCGAACAAGGGAGUCCCAAGGAACUUACGAUGUCAGGAGGGGCAUUCAGAUAUCUGGCUGCUUUACAGUAUUUUGAAUCUCAGACGCUACACCAAGAGAAAUUAUUGAAGACUGUACCAGUUGCAUCGGAAGUGUCGCUGUUUAAGGAUGGCAUCGAAGAGCUGGAAUCUGGUUUGACGCAGACCCAAGAAGAGACUACAGAGCAAGUGAAAGGCUUCGUAUCCAAGAUCCGACACAUGAUCCAAGAAAAGUUAAACGAAGGAGAGGCUGCGUACAAAAUGAUAAGAAUGCAGCUUCAAGACCUGCCACUGUUGUUAUCGGGGGCUCUAGGAGCAGCCAUCACAGGAAUGAUCGCCCCGGGCCUCUCAUUUCUAUUUGGAGAGAUACAAAAGUUUAUGAAUGAUCCUCUAAGAGUUGCUCGUGAAGGACCCUUCUGGGCGAGUAUGUUUGUUUUACUUGGAGCAGUAGUAGGAUUUGGUGGCACGAUCGAGAAAUUUAUGCUCACCUUUGCUACGGAGAAGUUAAAGACACGACUCCAAAAACUGGCCUUUGAAACAGCAAUAAACAAAAACUCAGUGCCUCAGAAUUCAGGGAUAGGUGGCGUAUUUCCUGGUAGUGGUGGGCAGAUUCCCCAGUCUACAGGUUUUGACCUCCCAUUCGUUCCUGGCGUUCCCACACAGCAGUUUGGAAUUCCCUCUCAAACGUUACCAACAGGAAUGGAUGGAUUGCCAACCUUCCAAAUUCCUGGGAUGGGUGAUGGCUUUCCUCCUGAAUCUGGAGGAGGGUUAGCUCAGUCUAAGGGGAACCCCUUCGUAGCAGUUCCUAGUGUUGGAACGCAGCCGUUUGGAAUCCCUUCUCAAUCAUUACCCUCCGGAAUGGAAGCUCUUACGUCUGGUAGAAUUCCGGGGAUGCCUGAUGGUACAUCAUCGAUAUUUCCUGGAUCAAUAGGACCGUUUCGUGGUGAACAGCAGUCAACGCCAAUGAGCUUACCCACUGUUCCUGGUUUACCCUCAGAGCAGUUGCUAUCUCUAGGAGGGAUUUCUUCCGAAUCGUUAUCAUCAGGCUUGCAAGGACGACUGUCUGAACAAAUGGCAGGAAUGGGUGAUGCAUCUUCUGUAUUUCCUGGAGCCAGUGGGCUGAGUGUUCCUCCUGUCCCUGGUGUGCCUUCAGAACAAUUGCCAUCCUUUGGGGCAAUUCCUCCCGAGGUUUUAUCAUCAGGCAUGAAAGCAAUUCCCUCUGGCCAGAUUCCACAAACGAGUGACGCAUACACACCUCAGCCAAUGGGACUAAAUCUACCUUCUCUUCCUGUUGUGCCCACAGAGCUUUCACCCUCACAGAUACAAGGGAUUCCAACAGGAGUGGCAUCAGCCGGAGGAGUGGUACAUUUACCUGGUACACCCAUGGAAGGUUAUGGGGCAUUCGUACCCAACUCGCAGAUUAGUUCUGGUGCGGUGCCUCAUGGAGGUUUACCUUCCACGUAUGGUGUUGUGCCAGCUGGAACACAAUAUAAUGCGAACAACGUGCCUUCAUUUGCUGAUCAACGAGGGAUUCAAGAUUUAGAGGGAAUAGGGCUCCCCCCAAAUAUACCAAACCCACGACCGGAUCUAUUGGUUUUGCCAGAUCCACAACAGCAAGCGGAUCAACUCAUGAGCCAAGUUGAAAAGGAUGUAGAGGCAGCUUUACAAAAUUCUAUAGGAAAAUACCUUGGUCCCAAAGUACAGGAGACCAUUUCGUCAGUAUCAACGCUCGGCAUGGCUCUUUACAACGGAUGGAAGAUGACUUUGGUGGUGCUUGCUGGACUGCCAAUAAUUGGGCUGGCUAAUCGGAUUCAACAGAACGAAGCUGACGCUACGGUGGAACCGGAAGGGGUUGAAGCACUCAUGAAAACAAGCUUCAAGAAAAUGGAAACAAUUUCCGCCCUUGGAAUGGAAAAUAAAUUCGCGAAGAAAUACAAGGAUGCAAUCUUCGAAAAAUAUAAACAGGCGUUGAAGAAGAUUAUUGCCAGUGGUUUUGCUUUCGCUUUGGGACAAGCUAUGGUGUUCUUCAUUUAUGCAGGUGCACUUAGGUUUGGAUGUUACCUAAUCAGCAUAAGGGAUAUGGCUGCCAUUGAAGUUUUAGGAGUGUUAAUGACUGUACUGUUUGGUUCGUAUGCAACGUCAAGUUCACGAGCGCCGUCCCACGCGCAUGAAGAGAAUGAAGAUUCGCUGAACAGACUCUUUGACGACGAGUCACUAGACGUGCAAGAUCACAUUGGUGACAAGUUGGAUGAGGUUGAAGGAAACUUGGAGUUUAAACAUGUUGAACUUCCAGAUCCACUCCAUAACGACGCUCCGUUACUGAGCCAGCUGAGCGUGAGGGUCAGCAGUGGACAAAAACUGGCUAUUGUUCAACUGGACAGCGAUAAAGUGAAUCCAUUUGAACUUUUAUUGGAGCGUUUCUUUGAUCCUGUCAAGGGAAACUUGCUUUUAGAUGGAGCAGAUAUUCGCAAUCUGGAUCUUUCUUGGUUACGAUCCCAUCAUGCAGUAGUGUCCCAUCGAUGUUUCCUGUCACAUUACAGUAUUGCUGAGAAUAUUGCUUAUGGCGACAAAGGAAGGCUCGUGACACAAACGGAAAUUGAGGACGCUGCCUAUUCAGCGUAUGCACACGAAUUUAUCGUGGAUUUGCCAAAGAGUUAUGAAACAAUUCCUGAUGAAGAUCAAAUCAAAUUGAGCGAUAGUCAGAAACUAAGGAUCGUUAUAGCACGGGCAAUUAUCCGAGAAUCGCCAAUCAUCAUUUUAGAUGAGCUGGAAGAAGAAGAUCAGGCUGUGACUGAUGCCACUGAUAUCCUUUGCCGAGAUAAAACCUGUAUCAUACUCACAAGACGGAGACAAACAAUUGAAACUGCAGACUACAUUAUUCUUAUUUACCACGGGCGCAUACUUGAACAAGGAAGUUUGAAUGACCUUCUGGAGCAGAGACGAUUGUUUUAUUUAUUAACAAAUUUAGCAGACGCUGACGAGUUUUAGGUGGCUUUUUGUAUAUUUUAAGACGUUGUUAAAGCGAAAAACUUUUCUAACUUUAUGAACGUGUUUUAUAUCUUUUUUCCUGAAUUAAAAUAUAUAAAGAUCAAACAAAAUGUUAGACUAUG